AUGGCUGUCCUCAGGGGUCGCACAGGAAACCCUGAUGCGCCUCAACAGCACACCCAACCCUCGCGAAAGGGCAAGAAGGCAUGGAGGAAGAACGUCGACGUGACCGAGGUGAAGAAGGGCCUCGAGGACCUGAAUGACGAGAUCAUCCAAGGCGGUGUCAUCGCCGAGAAGGACUCUGCCGACCUCUUCGUCCUCGACACCGGCGGUGACUCCAACAACACCAAGAGAGUCCCCAAGGUCAAGGGCCUCAAGGCCGACGAGAUCAUCUCCGCGCGGUCCGUGGUUCCGGCCGUGUCCAGCAAGAAGAGACCCGCCGACAAGACCACCGACGGCAUAUUACCCGUCAAGCGCCAGCGCACAAACUAUGUCACCCACAAGGAGCUCACUCGCAUCAAGAAGGUGGCCGACGGGCACCACGAGUCAACAGUCGACGUCGUCGACGCCGCCUAUGACCCUUGGGCUGUGGACACAUUCCCUGCCGCGGGCUCCAUAGCAAAGCAGGAGAAGAACGAGUGGAUACCAGAACCGACAAGGGCGAAACCACCCCCAACGCUGGCCAAGAAGCCCAUAUCCCUCACUGCUAGCGGGAAGAACGUGCCCGCCGUUGCCAAGCCGGCCGGCGGGUUCAGCUACAACCCUGUCGUCACGGACUACGUCAACCGGCUAGAGAAAGAGGGCGAGAAGGCUGUCGAAGCUGAGCGCAAGCGCCUGGGGGAGCUCGAGGCAGACCGCAAGCGACAGGAGGCCGCAGCCCGGUCCGCAGCCGAGGCAGAGGCGGCAGAGGCGCGAGCGGAGCUCUCAGAGUGGGACGAGGACUCGGCGUGGGAGGGCAUCGAGAGCGACGCCGAGGGCGUGAUUACAAAACGUCCAAAGCGCAAGACGCCGGCCCAGCGUAACAAAGCAAAGAGGAGGAAGCUGGAAGAGGGGCUUAGGAAGCACCAGGCGGCGGCGAAGAGGAAGGAGGAGCAGGCCAAGCAUAUCAAGGAGCUCGCCGAGGCUGUGGAUGAGAAGCAGCGGCAGCUGGCCCUGUCCAAGAUCGAGAUGAGUGAGGACGAGAGCGAGGGCGACCACGUCGAGCUACGGAGGAGGCAGCUGGGCAAGUUGAAGCUGCCCGAGAAGGACCUCGAGCUGGUGCUCCCGGAUGAGCUGCAGGACUCGCUGAGACUGCUCAAGCCCGAGGGUAACCUGCUCAAGGAUCGUUACAGGAGCCUGUUGGUCAGAGGGCGCCUAGAGGCGAGGAGAAAGAUUCCAUACCGAAAGCAGGCCAAGGUCAAGUUCACCGAGAAGUGGGGACACAAGGACUUCGACAUUUCCAGGCUCUAG